GCCCGUGCGCAACGUGCGUUCGGUUUAUUUUAGUGCGCGCGAAAAAUGACGAUACAAUGAUAUCUCUGUAGUGGUCUCGUGCAAUGUAUUUCAAGAUGAAGUGCCUCAGUGUCGUGCUACUCGCCGUGAACUUCGCGAUCCAGGCGGCCGCCGAGGCCUCGGUGAGGACAUGUGAACCCAUAAAAGUGGCUAUGUGCAAGAACAUCGGGUACAACCAAACUGGUAUGCCCAACCUGGCGCGGCACACGCUGCAGGCCGACGCCGACGUGACGCUGCAGACCUUCAGCCCGCUCGUGCAGUACGGGUGCUCGUCGCAGCUGCACCUGUUCCUGUGCGCCGUGUACGUGCCCAUGUGCACCGACAAGGUGGUGCUGCCGAUCGGGCCGUGCCGGGGGCUGUGCGAGAGCGUCUACUCCAGAUGCUACCCCGUGCUGCGGGGCUUCGGAUUCCCCUGGCCGGCCGAGCUGGACUGCUCGCACUUUCCGGCGGAGAACAACCACGAGCACAUGUGCAUGGAGGGCCCCGGGGAGCGCACUCCGCCCGGCGGCUCCGUGCCACCGGACGCGGGCGGCGCGGGCGGGCGCGGGGCCUGCCGCCGCCUGGUCAAGCCGGGCAGCUGGGUGUGGGUGAGGAGCUCGAGCCGGUGCGCGCAGUACUGCGACGCGGAGGUGCUGUGGGACGCCGGCGAGAGGCGGGCGGCAGAGGUGUGGCUGGCCACUUGGGCGGCGCUGAGCUUCGCGUGCACGCUGGCGGCGGCGGCGGCGCAGCUGGCGUGCGGCGGGCGAAGCGGCGCCGGGGACCGCGCGCUGGUGCUGGUGGCGCUGUGCCGCUGCGCCGCCGCCGCUGGCUGGGGGGUACGUGCGGCGGCGGGCCGGACCGCAGCCGGCUGCGCCAAGGAUUCCACCACUCCUACGAGGAUGUUGCUGGCCCACGACGGGCUGGCUAACCCGAACUGUGCCGUGGUGUUCCUGCUGCUAUACUUUUGCGGGCUCGCUGCCUCCGUUUGGUGGGUAGUAGUAGCUGGUGCGUGGCGAGCGAGUGUACUCCGACCCCCCGGUCCUCCCGGCACCCCCCGGAACUACCGCCACUCCUCCCUCCUCCAGCUAGCGGCUUGGGGGGUCCCGGCCGCGCUGGCCGCUGCGGUGCUCGUCACGAGGGAUGUUGAUGCUGAUGAGUUGACAGGCACAUGCUACGUGGGGAACCAGUCGACUAAGUCGUUGCUGGCGCUCGUGAUCAUCCCAGAGGCGAUUUGUCUGCUGCUUGGGAGUGUGUUCCUGGCUUCUGGUCUUCGCGCUAUACUCCGUCGUCCUGUGCCGGUGCCUGCUCCGUCUGCUCUGCUGAACGCUCCCAUACAGCACACUGAUCAGAAUCUGCUGCGAUUGGGUGCAUUCGCGACGCUGUACGCGGUGCCUUCCGCGUGUAUUCUUGCCACAUGGAUAUACGAGUACUCUCUCCGCGAUGAAUGGCUAUCGGCGCCGAUGCCAUCUGUUCAGCCGUCGAUGCAGCCUCGGCCGGCGUUCUGGGUGUUCCUAUUUCGAAUCUUCGCGACGCAGAUACUCGGGGUUAUGGUGGCAGUGUGGAUAGCGACGCCAAGGCUGAAGGCACUCUGGCGGAGAAUGAGCGGGCCCAGUAAGCCGGUGCUAGCCAAGUGCCCUUCAGUACCUCCGCCCACGCCCCUCACUCUGCACUGUUACACCCCUCACCCGCACACCCUGAGUAGGCACUCGCAAAAGUAUGCGACCUACCGACCACCGCAGCAGAAUUCCUACCGAAAACCCAGGCAUUAUCACUAUUCAGCCGGUGAAACUAUUCUAUGACCAAUUGACGAAAUGCUAUUCCUUUUCCCAGUGUUGCAUUUAUAGAAUAAUGUUCGAUUAUAUUCCAAAUCACUCAAUGAAGGAUAUUUUAGUUGGUCGCUUGAAAUAAAUGAGAAAUAUUUAUUUUAAUAUCACGAAGAUUGAACAUUUAUAUUUUUAUUUUUUUAUUUUUAUUUAACAUUUAUUGUACACAAGACAUUAUUCAAAAACAACUGACAUGGAAAGACUACACAAAGGAACUGCUUAUUUCAAUAGAAAUUUCUUACAGCAGCCCUACGAAGAAGAUUUUGUGGGAGGGCCUGCAUUUAAAAUGUAUGUUUCCUGUGUAUUCAUAAUAUUAUUAAUUAUUUUGUAAGGAUUUUUGUACACAUGUGCCAUUCGUUAUUAAGUAUAUAUACUAGCUUGAAUAGAUACAAAUUACUUAAAUACAUUAAUAAAUUAAAUAGCUUUACAAUACAUACAAAAACACGUCGUCGUUACAGCAGCACGUACACGUAGACUGUAGAGUGUAGGCCAUCUAUAGACUAGACCAGGGGUUCC